AUGCCUGUGGUCAAAGGAGGCGUAUGGACGAACAUCGAAGAUGAAAUCCUCAAAGCAGCUGUGUCCAAAUACGGACUGAAUCAGUGGGCGCGAGUCUCCUCUUUACUCGCUCGAAAGACUCCGAAACAGUGCAAGGCGAGAUGGACAGAAUGGCUGGACCCAGGCAUCCGCAAGAUAGAAUGGUCAAAGGAAGAGGACGAGAAACUUUUGCAUCUGGCAAAGUUGAUGCCCACACAAUGGCGCACCAUCGCCCCCAUUGUUGGACGGACUGCCACACAGUGUCUGGAGCGCUACCAGAGGCUGCUGGACGAAGCAGAGGCACGGGAAAGUGAUGAGUUGGGCCUCGGGGGUCCAGAGGGCGGGGAAACCUUGGCACCUACAGGAGACCAAGUGCGAAAGCUACGGCCUGGAGAGCUUGACCCGGACCCAGAGUCUAAGCCAGCGCGACCAGAUACGAUCGACCUCGAUGAAGAUGAGAAGGAAAUGCUUAGUGAGGCUCGAGCGCGGUUGGCGAAUACACAAGGAAAGAAGGCGAAGCGGAAAGCGCGUGAAAGACAACUGGAAGAGUCAAGGAGGCUAGCCGUGCUGCAGAAGCGACGAGAGCUCAAAAAUGCGGGAAUCAACAUCAAGAUCACAAACCGCAAGAAGGGUGAGAUGGACUAUAAUGCCGACAUUCCUUUUGAAAAGCAGGCCGCCCCGGGCUUCUACGAUACUCAAGAGGAAAAUGCUAAGAACGAGCGUGAGCGGGAAAUGUUCGAUCCCCGGAAACAACAGCUCGCGCGAAAGAGACAGGGAGAUCCAGAAGACAACAUGGACCCGAAGCGACAGAAACAAGACAAGAACAAAUCUGUAGGGCAAUUGGCCGCCGCCGCAAAGGCUGGACAAAUGCAGCGCAUCCGGGAGGCGGAGCAACAGAGUAAGCGGCGAGCGUUGAAUCUUCCAGCUCCGCAAGUCAGCGAAAACGAACUAGAAGAAAUUGUCAAAAUGGGAUUGGCAGGGGAACGGGCAGCCAGAGCUGUAGGGGAGGACGAGGGCGGCCAUGGGGGGCUUGUGUCGAAUUACGGCACUAUGAUCGGAGCAACGCCUAUCCGAACCCCUCGAGCACCAGCACAGGAAGACCACAUUGCCAAUGAGAUCAGAAACAUCAAAGCUCUCACCGAGACGCAAUCGUCGUUAUUAGGCGGCGAGAACGCGCCUCUCCAUGAGGGCACUAGUUCCACAGGGUUCGAUGGGAUAGCACCACGAAGACAAGACAUAGUGACGCCGAAUCCUAUGGCCACGCCAUUCCGUCAGGCUGGCGUCGGAGGCCAACUCCCUGGUGCAACCCCAUUACGAACCCCCCGAGAUGGUCUGACAAUCAACGAGAGAGGAGAGCGCCAGUUAGUGGCGCAGACGCCUCGUGAUAUCCGGUUGGCCGAGAACGUUGCGCGCCAUUCUUUGCGCGCGAAGCUCUCUUCUCUCCCCAGACCCAAGGAAACCGACUGGGAACUGGAACUUUCGCCUUCAGAGCAAGCCGAGUCAACAAUCCAGGCCGUGGAGGACCGGGAGGAUCAAGAAGAAAUCGAUCGACGAGAGCGUGACGCACGGGAAGCGGCUGCUGCUGCAGAAUUUAAGCGACAAACAGAGGUCUAUCAGCGAGGCCUACCUCGACCCGCUGUGGUCGACUAUACCUCGCUUGCUUCCGAAGCGACAUCAAUCACCGAUCCGAUUCGGCAAAUGAUUGCUCAACAAGCUGCCAUUCUGAUGGCGAAUGAUGCUCUAAAGUUCCCUCUUCCAGGGUCUCGAGUUGUCGGCAAGCCUCCGCACCUGACGCCACUGUCGGAUGAUCUUGUUGCUAGGGCGCGUGAGGAGUUGGCGGCCACAUGCAACGAAGCUGAACUUCAGUCCUACGUUUCCGAGGUGCAAGCCAUGCAUGCUGGCGCGAACGAACCCGAUGCUCUUCCUCGAAAACUCUCCGCUGCAUGCUCGGACGGCUACAGUAAAGCGUUCCAAGCUGCACAAAAGAGUCUCCUUGCGGCCGCUGAAGCGGGCAACAAGCUCGAAAAGAAGCUGUCACUGCAUUUGGGCGGGUAUCAAGCACGGCAAAAGACACUCAAACAGAAGAUCAGCAGCACGUAUGACCAGAUCAAGGAGCAGCGUGCUCAGCUGGAGGCUUUCAAGACCUUGCAGAUCAGUGAGGAUGGAGCACUACCGGCGAGACUGUCAAGGCUCAGAGAUGAGGUCACCUUCGUCAGCAGGCGGGAAAGGGAAGCGCAGGAAGAAUAUCGGAAUGUCGAAGAGGAGCUGAGGAGUGUGGAAGAGAAGAUGACGGUAAAGGUCAACGGGAUCAAUGGGCAUGCUUGA